GAGCCCGGGGCCCCGUCCAGUGCGGCACCGGCCCGCACCGCGCCUGCGCAGAGGGAGCGGCGGCCGCCCCGGGGCGGGGCAGCGGCGUCGCCAUGGCGGGGCCGGCGGCGGUGAGUGAUGUGGGAAGCGCCUGUUUUGUGUGAAGGACAAGAAAUAAAACAUUUGAUAAAGGGAAGAAACAAAACAUCCGAUAAAUGGAAGCCAUGAAGAUGUCAAAGCGGUUCUUUGCUUUUGGGAUCUUGGCAUGCAUAGCUAUUUAUGUUGCAUACAUAAAAUGGCACUUGGAUUCCAAACAAGUUGUUGGAGCAACAGAAGGAGUUGCUGAGAGCAGGGGAGACAAACUGAACCAUCAAGCACUGAGCACAGAGCUCUCGGUCUUCUAUGGGAUUAUGUUUGAUGCAGGAAGCACAGGAACUCGCAUCCAUAUAUUUAAAUUCACACAGCAGCCAAAAGAGACUCCCAAAUUGACCCAUGAGACGUUUAAAGCCCUGAAGCCAGGUCUAUCUGCCUAUGCUGAUGAUGUUGAAAAGAGUGGCCAGGGAAUAAAAGAGCUCCUGGAGGUGGCAAAGGAGGAAGUUCCAAUGGAGCUGUGGAAGUUUACUCCUCUGGUCCUGAAAGCCACAGCUGGCCUACGGUUGCUGCCAGGAGAGAAAGCUCAGAAGUUGCUGGAUAAGGUGAAGGAGAUCUUUCAGGCUUCCCCUUUCUUCGUGAGGGACAACUGUGUGUCGAUAAUGAAUGGAACCGAUGAAGGUAUUUCAGCCUGGAUCACAAUAAAUUUUUUAACAGGUAGCCUAGAUGAUCCGCAGAAGAGAAGUGUAGGGAUGCUGGAUUUGGGUGGUGGAUCAACACAGAUCACCUUCCUUCCACGCACAGAGGCAACUCUCCAGACAUCACCAGCUGGCCAUACAACUUCAUUUCAGAUGUUUAACAACACCUACAAGCUGUACUCAUACAGUUACCUGGGACUCGGGCUGAUGUCAGCAAGGCUCGCCAUUUUAGGAGGAGUUGAGGGAAAACCCUUAGGAGAAGGGGAGGAACUGAUCAGCCCCUGUUUACCUCCUGGCUUCAAAUCUGAGUGGCAGCAUGGUGAGAUAGUAUACAAAAUUAAAGGACAGAAGGCAGGUGAGCCUCUGUAUGAGGCUUGUUCUAACAAAGUGGCAAAGAUGCUCUAUAGAAAAGUGCAUAAAGCUGAGGAAGUGAAGGACUUGGAUUUUUACACGUUCUCCUACUACUAUGACCUUGCAGCAGAGGUUGGUCUCAUAGAUAAAGAAAAAGGAGGAAGCUUAACUGUUGGUGACUUUGAAAUUGCAGCUAAAUACGUAUGUAAGACCAUGGAAAUCAGUCCUGGAAGCAGCCCUUUUCUAUGCAUGGACCUCACGUACAUCACCUUCCUCCUGCAAGAGCUGGGCUUCCCAAAGAGCCAAGUCUUCAAGCUUGCCCGGAAAAUUGACAAUGUUGAAACGAGCUGGGCAUUGGGAGCCACUUUUCAUUACAUUGACUCACUCAAUAGACUGCAGUACUAAAGCUCCUUGAAGAAAAUCAGUUUUUGGAAGCCCAACGUGAUGGGAAGUCAAGUCCCCUCCAUCACUAGCUCUCUUUUUUACAGUGUAGAGUGCACAAUCUAAAGAAUAAGCCUUGAUUUGACACCAUCUGCAGUCAACUUGCUGUAAAACUUGAUCACUGUUGAAGGAAAACCAGGACUCUGCAGGACAUCUAUGAUCUCUAUGAGAAAACCACCUUUUUGGAAUGUGCUUGUACUAUGUGCUUGUACUGUGCUGAAGUCACUGUAGGAAAUGGUCGCUCCGGGAGGAACUCUUUACCGUCCUGAUUCCAGGGUGGGUUUUUCCUGUUUGUCAGCAGUUUUCAGUGAUGAUUUUUAUUUCACUACUUCCGUGUUUGAAGGUGAACUCCUGUGUGUGUGUGUGCAAAGACAGUGCAGUUACACAGCUGUGCUGCUGACAGGCUUUGGAAUACGCUGUGGAACUCUCAAUUCUGCUUUCUGUUUGCUGGACUAGAAAAGCUCAAGAGCACUCCAGAAACUGGAUAUGGACUUGGAGGCAUGAAUCGGAGCCUGCAUGCCCUGUAGUGCUAAAGCCUACAUCCAGCCUAAUGUUGGUUCCUUGGCUGCUGGAAGAUGGAUGGUGGAAGAGAACAUCUUCUGUAUUUGCUGGAUCUAGAGGAGCAAGGCCUGGGUACAGGGCUCAAGAUGCAUUUGAUAGCUCGGGAGUUGGUCAGGGUAAGAUGGAUGAACAAGAUGCAACCAUAAAUGUAAACCCUGAGCAUGGCUUAUUAGAACUCACAGACAUUUGUGCCUUGGCCAGGUUGACGCAGGGCCUGGGCUGAAUGCAUUUACUUGGGCUCUGCUUCCUGCAGACACAUCUCACUUUGAUAAAUGAAUGUAUAUGGUUGCACUGAGCCGUGGCAGGGUAGCUGCAAUGCACCACUCCAGCAGCGGGCUGUACGCGGGCUGAAGUCACCUCGGAGGCCGCAGGAGCUGGAGGAGGGAACGUGCUGUGCGCUUUGUAACCUAACUGUGGAGUUGUGUUCUGUUUGUAGUGGAUGUUUAGAGCAGACCCCAGAGGUCUUUUGGGGUGCGGAAAAGCCCAGCAGUGUGUGCCCCGACUCCAGGGCUCACGGCCACAGCCUCGUCGGGCAGUGGGAUGUGGCACGGUGGUGUGUGGUGCUGCAUGGGGACACUGGAACCCCACUGUAUGACAAUAAAACCCCAAUUUAAACUGAAAA